AUGUGGUGUGUUGUGGCCGUGGUGCACGCAUGGCUGCUCAUCUCGAUUCUGCUUUUUUUGUGUGGUGGAAAGGGUCAUUCCAAGUCCAAAUCAAAGUCGAGGAUGAGUCGGCCGAUGGUGCUGGAGCGGAGUCAAAUCGCGGCGUUGAAGGGCAAGACCAGCGAAGGGAAACUCGAGCGUUCGUCGCCGAGUUUGGCUAACAAGGUGAGAUGAUUAGAUGAAAUAUGUGAAACUGGACGAUUGGGGAAACCGAAAAGAAUUAUUUUGCUUUGAUGCAAGUGAAGCAAUUAGGAUGAUCGAGGGUGGUGAUUUCGAAAAUGACAUUCAUUUUUUUGAUGGUUACUUCUUUCCUUACGUAGUACUGUAAAGUAGUAGUUUUUUGAAUUUUUUUUACAAAAACUCGAUUUGUGGGUUUUCGAUGGUGCUGCUUUCAAAUCAGAAAAAAUGAAAAAGAUUUUCGAAAUCAGCACCGUCGAAACCACCCAAAGCGAGUAUUUCAGAAAAAAAUUCAAAAAUUACUACUUUACAGUACUACUUAAGGAAAAAAGUAACAAUCAAAAAAUGGAUGUCAUUUUUGAAAUCAGCACCCUCGAUUAUCCUAAUUUCAUACUUGCAUCGAAGAAAAAUAAUAUUAUACUUUUCGGUUUCCCCAAUCGUCCAACUCCGGAGAUAUCUGCCCCUAGUGUCAAAUUAAAAAAUCUGAUGACUUUAUGGCCAAUAAUUUUUGAGUUCAGGACAAGAUAAGACCGAUUCCCGCUAGCUCCGAACACUUGAACGUCCAAACGGCCAAGCCGUUGGCACCUGUGAGAAGUAGUGCGGAGCAAUUGAAAGAUCCACCGAAGGUAAAAAUCGAAAAGGUCGAGGAUCCCAUGAAACCCGACGAGAAAGACAAGAAAGGGUGAGAAUUUUGGGGAUUUUUCAAUCUUCAAACCAAAUUUUCAAAGAAAUUUGGUUGGAUUAUGAUGUCAUGGGACCUAAAGGACUAAAAUUUUAGAAAAAUUUUGAAAAUUACGAAUUUUUCCGGGGAUUUUUGUCGAAUUUUAAGGAUUUUUGGAUUUUCAAACUAAAUUUUCAAAAAUAUUAAGUUGGAUUAUGAUACCAUGAGACUUGUAGAGCCAGUAAAUUGUUUUUCGAUUAAAAUUUACCCACUUUCUUUUUCAGCAAGGAGCCCAAAGUCGGUCAUAUCGAGAACAAGGCAGAAGGUGAGAAAAAAGAUCAGAAGGCAAAGGGUGCCGAAGGCCAAGAUGAAGAAGCAGAGACUAUCUGCGACGUGACGAAACUCAAGGUACCGUUUUCUCCAUUUUUCAGCAUUAUCUUCUCUUUCAUUGGUAACGAGUUUGGGUCCCGCCACGAAAACUUGAUUUUGAAAAUUAUCACCGCGAGAGCGGCUUGAAUUUGAAGAAUCGGUUGAUUUCAGAACCUCGGAAGUUUGGAUUUGAAAAUCAGUCAGGAGGAGGCCACUUACCCCGAAAAUUUCGAAAUGCCGUCACGGCAUGAAGAAGGUCCUCGAGGCGAAACUCACAGUAAUAAAUCCGUCAAACACGUGGCCAUAAAGGACGAUGAAUGCAAAGUCUAUGAGACAGAGGACGUGGAGACCAUCGACGAUGAGGCUGAACUGCCAAAUGUUGAUUUAUAG